GCCUGCCAGCCAGCCGUUCGUCUGUCUGUCUGUCCAUUUGUCUGUCCCUCUACCUGUCAGUCCGUCCAUCUCUCCGUCUGUCGCCAUGAAGGGCCUAUCCAGCAGUCGGAGUCACCACCACAUGAUGAACUAUGACCCCUCUUAUGACGUCCUAGCCCACCAUCCUGACAGGAAGCCAUACCUGAUUGGCCAGAUGGACAUGCCCAUCCCCAUGCCCCUCCCCCACCCAUCAGACAACCCCUACCACUCCCAGCGCUCAGGCUACCAAUCAGAGAGCAGCGUGGUGCCCUACGGAACCUUCCCCCGUCGCUAUCACAGAUCCUCCCACCAAGAGCUGAAGGACGAAUGCAACGCCAUCGUGCCCUACGGAGGGGGAAUGGCCCCCAACAGGGUCCCCACCCGCCUGCCAAUCAGCAUCAUGGAGCAGUUUGAGCGGCAGCCGUCAUUGGCGAGGGACGGCUACCACACCCUGCAGUAUAAGAGGACAGCCCUGGAGCAGCGAGGUGGCGUCGGAGGCGUAGGAGGGUAUGGGGGGAUGACGUUUGCCGUGGCGGGAGGCGGGAACAACGACAGCCCAGGCCGAAUACGUCACCUGGUCCACUCAGUGCAGAAACUGUUCACCAAGUCUCACUCCCUGGAGGGGACGCACUUACAGUCCAACAAGGGCAGCGUGAACGGCAGCCGAGCCAGCACGGACGGAGACACGCCCACCCUGCGCCAGCGCAAGCGCAGCAAGAGCCGCGAGCGCUGCCGCUCGGCCGAGCCCAAGCACAGGGGCCACCCCUCAGGCUACUGGAGCUCCGACGACAACCUGGAGCGGGAUUCCUACGUGUACCGAAGCCCCGCCCCUUCGCCGAGCGCCAUGACGAUGGGCCGCCUGCACGGGCCGGACAAGUCGCAGUCGCAGUAUUUCAUGGACGCCUAUAGCUCGCUAAGUGAGCAGGCGCUCAAACCCUCGCGCAGCAACAAUGACGUAAAAUGCUCUUCUUAUGUACCGUCCAAUAGCCUGGUCCCCCUGGGACUGGAUGGGCCAAUGGUGAAGAAGAGCUCGUGGUCGUCCAGUCUCACGGUGAGCAGAGCACGUGAAGUCUACCAGAAGGCCUCGGUUAACGUAGGCCUAGAUAGAGCGCUAGUGAAAUCUAAGGCUUGUCAACAGGAGCGCUCAUGCCAGUUCUUGCAGGUCCCUCAGGACGAAUGGAGCGGCUUCACGCCCCUGGGGAAGGAGGACGACAUACCGUGCCGGCGUAUGCGCAGCGGCAGCUACGUGAAAGCGAUGGCCGAGGAGGAGGACAGCGGGGACUCAGAGGGCAGUCCCAAACCCUCCCCCAAGGCACAGGCUCGCCGCGCCAGCUACCUGAAAGCCACUCAGCCCUCACUGACCGAGAUGACCGCAAUACAGAUCUCCAGUGAGCACUCUCCCAAGCUGCAGAUCCGGAGUCACAGCUACCUGCGGGCGGUGAGUGAAGUUUCCAUCAAUAGGAGCCUGGACACCCUGGAUCCCAAAACGCUCCUGGACCCCAAAAGCCUGCUGUCCUCCCCCCAAUACCGCUCACGAAACGAGAGCUACAUGAGGGCUAUGAGCACCAUCAGUCAGGUGAGCGAGGUGGAGGUGAACGGGCAGAUCGAGGAGGUGUGCGCGCAGGUGUUCAGCGAGAUGGAGUCCCAGGCCAUGGACGCCCUGGACCUGCCGGUGCCCGGAUGCUUCCGCAUGCGCAGCCACAGCUACGUGCGCGCCAUCGACCAGGGCUGCUCCCAGGACGAGGAGGACGGCUUGCUGCUGCCCUCCUCCCCCCCACGCACCACCACCACCACGGUCAGGACCAUCCAGAGCAGCACAGUGUCCUCCUGCAUCACCACCUACAAGAAGACCCCUCCCCCCGUCCCGCCCCGCACCUCCACCUGUUCCACCUCCUCCUCCCCACUGGCAGCGCUGUCCUCCAAGCCCUUCAUCUCCAUCACAGCCCAGAGCAGCACAGAGUCUGCGCAAGACGCCUACAUGGAGGGCUCCGGCCACCGCGGGGACAUGUGCAUCCAAUCAGCCCUCAGCAACUCCACGGAGAGCAUCGACAGCAUGAAGGCCCUCACGGCUGCCAUAGAGGCCGCCAACGCACAGGUCCACGGUCCGGCCAGCCAGCACGUCAGUAACAGCACCAUCACCAUCUCCACCACGGCUGCUCCUGCCCUGGCCAGAAGCCCGCAGCUCUCUGACGACUCCAGGAAGGAGGCCUUCCACAAGGGCAGGUGCCUCUCCAUUGGAAUCCAGGUGGACGGGCCAGAGGAAGUUCUAGACAUGGAUGACCAGUCCAAGUUCCAGUCUAUUGGGGUGCAGGUGGAGGACGAGAGAGGAUACCGCCGGUUCACGCGCUCCAACAGCGUGACAGCAGCGGUGCAGGCAGACCUGGACCUCCCAGAGCUCCUUGACAGCCCCCCUCUGCUGGACUCCCCUGACACGGACCUCCCCUCCCUGCCCUCCUCCGGCUGCGUGUCGCGCCAGUACUCCCGGGAUGCCGCCACCUCCACCGUCAGCAUCCAGGGCUCGGGGAACCACUACCACGCCUGCACCUCGGACGACUACGAGGACGUGGUGGGCUUCGACCCCUCCAUCCUGCCCCCGCCGGACCCCUGGAUCGACAGCGUGACCGAGGACCCCCUGGAGGUGGUGCAGAGGGUGGUGUGUCAGAGGGAUGGCCGCUGGUUCUUGAAGCUUCUGCAGGCAGAGACAGAGAGGAUGGAGGGCUGGUGCAGGCAGAUGGAGGUGGAUGAACAGGAGAACGACCUGCCUGACGACAUCCUGGGGAAGAUGAGGAGUGCAGUUGGUAGCGCCCAGCUCCUGAUGUCUCAGAAGUUCCAACAGUUCAGAGAGCUGUGUGAAGAAAACCUGAACCCCAAGGCCCACCCGAGGCCCAUCUCCCAGGACCUGGCUGGCUUCUGGGACAUGCUCCAGCUCUCCAUCGAGAACAUCAGCCUCAAGUUUGACGAGCUGCACCAGCUCCGAGCCAACAACUGGAGACCCCUGGACCCCCCCCCGGAGAGAAAGGAGAGACGGGUCCCUCCCCCUGUGCCAAAGAAACCCCCUAAAGGCCACCCGCCCCUGGCCCGUGAUAGGUCGCUGGAGAGCUCGGAGAAGCAGCGUCUGGACGCUCGUAAACGUCUGAUGGCGGCUAAGCGGGCGGCGUCAGUGAGACAGAACUCUGCUACUGAGAGCGCAGACAGCAUCGAGAUCUAUAUUCCUGAGGCCCAGACCAGGCUAUGAGCCCCGACACACACACACACACACAAACACACACACACACAGCAUGCACACACACGCGCACACAAUCGUACACGCACACUGAGGGAAUUAAGUCAUAUCACAAACAGGUAUCUACAUACUUUGUGUGUAAAAUACACACAUACUCGCAGAUGCACACCGUGAAAUCACGAAAAUAUAUU